CGUGACCGGAAGCCGGAAGUCAGGAGGGGUCUGUGAAGACGUGUUCCGAGGGAGCUCGAGCCGGACCCGGCGGGGCCGGUGAUAUGGAGCCGCUGUACCAGCAAACGCACAAACAGGUCCACAAGAUCCAGUCUCACAUGGGACGCCUGGAGACAGCCGACAAGCAGUCCCUGCACUUAGUAGAAAAUGAAAUCCAAGCGAGCAUAGACCAGAUAUUCAGCCAUCUAGAACGUCUGGAGAUUUUGUCCAGCAAGGAGCCCCCUAAUAAAAGACAGAAUGCCAAACUUCGUGUUGACCAGUUAAAGUAUGAUGUCCAGCACUUGCAGACUGCUCUCAGAAACUUCCAGCAUCGGCGCUACACACGGGAGCAACAGGAACGACAGCGAGAGGAGCUUCUGUCUCGCACCUUCACCACUAAUGACUCUGACACCACCAUACCAAUGGAUGAAUCACUGCAGUUUAACUCCUCCCUCCAGAAAGUUCACCACGGCAUGGAUGACCUCAUUGGAGGCGGGCACAGUAUUCUGGAGGGACUAAGGGCCCAGAGACUGACCUUGAAGGGGACUCAGAAGAAGAUCCUUGACAUUGCCAACAUGCUGGGCUUGUCCAACACAGUGAUGCGGCUCAUUGAGAAGCGGGCCUUCCAGGACAAGUACUUUAUGAUAGGUGGGAUGCUGCUCACCUGCGUGGUCAUGUUCCUCGCCGUACAGUACCUGACAUGAGCCAGCCACACCCAAGACCUGAGCAACGUGCCCACUGCGUGAGAGCCUGUAUGAGUGUGUGUGCUUGAAAGAGAGGCGGCCCUCAGGCUGCCUUCUGAAAUGUAUGCCCACCUUAACUGUGAAGACCACUUGCAAGUAAUUGUGAUCUGUAACUUCGCGGGAGUUUCCAA